UUGAAUUUCAAGUUUCGUUGCGGUUGCGGCCUUGUAGAGUUGUCGAAUCGAUGCAACGGUUAAGUUUUGUGAGUUUAUUGUCAAUCGUAUAGGCAGAUUUAACAAAGGUUGUGAGUUUUGUUAUAAUUUCUCCAAGUGUUUAGAAAAACAUAACCAGUUGUGAAAAUUUUGUUGACACGAAAAAUUUCGACAUAAGGGCAAAUUAAUAAGACCCACUGCAUCAUUUUGUCAUUGAAAACACAGGGCUUGGAAUAUAGGAGGCUCUUAGGAUACUUGGAACAGCUUUUACAAAUGAAUGGUGGAAGCAUUAUUAUGUACCUGAGCAAUGCUUUGAAAUGCCUUGAAAUGUCUUUUCAAGCUAGCCUGGUAACGUAAAAUAACCAGGACCUAUCCAGAAUUAAAAUGGUAUUUAACAGAAGAGAUUUGACUAAGGCAUUUUCGCCUAAUAAAGUGAAGAAAUUCAGUAAUCGACACUCAUCUGGACAUUCAGCAUGAGUUAUGAAGCCAAGUACUAGUGGAAGUACAGCCACAAUACGAAGUGACUCUUCACAAACAAGUAUCAAAGUGAUAGUUCGAGUAAGGCCUCACAAUGAAAAAGAAUUACAAGACAAUUAUAAAACGGUUGUAAAAAUAAUAGACGAGCGAAUGCUUGUCUUUGACCCAAAAGAAGAAGAAAACCCAUUUUUUUACCGAGGAGUAGUACAAAAAGGUCGUGAUUUAUUAAAAAAACAAAAUAAAGAAUUGCAAUUUGUGUUUGAUCGGAUAUUUGAUACAACUGCAUCUAAUGUAAAUGUUUAUGAGGGCAGUACAAAGGAAUUAAUUACAAAUUUAUUAGAUGGCUAUAAUUGUUCAGUAUUUGCUUAUGGAGCAACCGGAGCUGGUAAAACUCAUACUAUGCUUGGUAAAGAUGGCGAUCCAGGAAUUACAUAUCGCACAAUGGCUGAACUUUUUACACAAAUUGAUUUACAAGCAGACGCUAGAAAUUUCAAUCUUGGUGUUUCAUAUUUAGAAAUUUACAAUGAAAAUGUUCAAGAUUUGUUACAUAAGGUUGGACCAUUACAUUUAAGAGAAGAUGGUAGAGCUGGUGUUAUUGUUGCAGGUUUAAAAAUUAUUACCAUCCAUAAUGCAGAAGAACUGUUGUCUCUGUUGGCAAAGGGAAAUAAAAAUCGUACUCAACAUGCUACAGAUGCUAAUCAAGAAAGUAGUAGGAGUCAUGCUGUUUUUCAGGUGUAUGUUAAUAUUACUAAUAAAAUUGAUGGACAAGUGAAGCACGUCAAAUUAUCGAUGAUAGAUUUGGCUGGAUCUGAGAGAGCUUCGGCAACAGGAUGUUCUGGUGCCAGAUUUAAAGAAGGAGCAAAUAUAAAUAAGUCUCUUUUAGCUCUUGGAAAUUGUAUCAAUAAUUUGGCUGAUGGGAUAAAAUAUAUUCCUUAUCGGGAUUCAAAAUUGACGAGACUAUUAAAAGAUUCUUUAGGUGGAAACUGUCAAACGGUUAUGAUAGCUAAUAUUAGUCCAUCGAGUGCAAGUUUUGAAGAUACAUAUAACACAUUAAGAUAUGCAAAUAGAGCUAAGAAAAUUAAAACAAGUGUUAAGAAGAAUAUUGUAUCUUGUCAAAUGCAUGUCUCUGGUUAUAUUAAAAUGGUUGAGGAUCAGAAAAAAGAGUUAGAAAUACUGAAACAGAAGCUUUUGUCUUAUGAAAAUGUAACUCCACCUACAUCUGUUACACCCCAAAUAUCAAUAAAUACCGACGAACAAUCUCAUGAGUUUAUUGAAAUUACUAAUAAACUUUUAGAACUUUAUAACAAAAAAAAAGUAUUAAACGAAAAAGUACUAUCUUUAGAAAGUUCUGACAAAAUUUUAUAUUGUAGAAUUCUAUACAAAAAAGCUGCUGAUAAUCGAUUACAUAAUUUAACGGCUGCUGUAGAAGCUACAGCUCAAGAAGAAAAAAAUGCCAGUGGUAAAUCUCGUGUAAAUAAAUCGUUGCAAUAUUUUAAGCGACAGAGAGAAGGAAUUAAAAUACAAAUGAAAUCUGCUUGGGAUGACCUUUGUCAAAUAGAAGAAAGUCUUGUAGAAUUAAUUUUAGAUAUUAAAUCUAAAAACUUACACAGUAGGCUUGAGGAUAAAAUUAGUUUUUUAACUUCGGAAGUUGAUACAGUGAGGAUGCAACAACAAUUUGAACAUGCAAAAAAAAUUAAUAGUCUUCAACAAUGCGAAAUGCAAUCUGUAUCCACAAUGAUUAAAAUGAUGAGUUCUACGUUACAAAAUUAUUACAAUAUGAUGCGAGGCGGUGGUACAAUAACAGAAAAAUUAAAACAAGAAUUUAAACAAUUAGUAAAAUCUUUAGAAGGAAUUAGAAAUAUUAAGUGGUCUGAUUUAAAUACGAAUAAACAAGAGGAAGAUUUUUAUAGCACAACAUGCUUAAGUAUUCAAGAGCUUGAAAAUCCUUCUAGUAGUAACAUGCCAGAUCUAUUAGAAUUUAAUUCGGAUGAUGAGGAACCUUUGAAUCAAUCACCUAAAAAUUUACUCAGUACAACAUUCAGUUGUACUCCGGUUAAAAAUAUUGUAUCAACAACAGACGAGAUACUAAAUUCUACUAUAACUAUUAGUAAUGAUAAUGUAUCAGUAGCGGAUGAUGAGAACGCUGUUAUUGAUUCGACCAAACUUAAUAGCACUUUCUGUUUACCAGACAAUAAAAGUAGGAAGAGAGUAUUAUCAGACAGUAAAAAUCAAGUAAACUCUAGAUCACCAGCCAAACAAGCUAAAAAGAUCUCGCCGAAAAAUAGAUUUGAAACGAAUGGAAUAGCACAAAAUGGGAAAGAGAAUAAUAAAGAAUUCCCGAAACCUACAAUGACCGCAAAAAGUAUUGCUAUUUUAAAUAAAUUGAAAGCUGAUAGGAUGAAACCUUUGAUUACUGUAGCUUAUAAUGGCGAUCAGUCAGACGCAAUGUUAAAGGCAGUAAGAGGAAAGGAAAGGAGAGGAUUAGUUUCUUCUCAUCCAUAUCAAAAAUCCACUAUUCAAAAACAACAACAAAAACCAACAUCGGUUUUGCCGUCAUCUCGAGUACCAUGGUAGUAAAAUUAUUAAAAAUAAAUAUAAUUGAGAUAUAUCUUAAAGCUGUACAGAGUAAAAUGUAUAUAUAUAUAUAUAUUUAACGUAUUUCGAUCCAGUGUUGAAUCAAAUAGUACGAAGAAAAAUAUAAUGUGUAAUAGAUGUUUCCAUGAUCUAGUUUUUAAAAUCGUAUGUAACAGACAAUCAAUACGUUCAUUAAUAUAGUAAAUUUCAUUGUAAAGCAAAAAUCC